CCGAUCACCUUCCUUAAUCACUAAUUAGGUGAAAUUAAGCAUAAAACAGUGGCUGUCUAUUGGAUGGACAUUUGGUGCGGCUGAUGAAUUCGCACGACCGGCGCAAAUUUCCUCCUUUGCUAACUCUGCUUACCUUGUGCAUCGUCUGCGCGAUUUUAUCACCUCUUCGUUUCUCUAUCCCUCCUGGACAGUGUUCUGCUUGUAAGCCAUUAUUAGAUGGUAUAUCUCAGAAUGCUUCGUUUCCAACUCUUGACUAUUGCGCUUCUUGCAAAUGCAUUCUAUGUGCAGGCUCGCCGAGGUGGAGGAGGCGGCGGCGACUACGACGGUGGAUCAAGCGGCGGUGGAGGAAGCAGUGACGGCGACAGUAGUGACAGUGGUCCUAGCCCAGAGGAGAAAGCACGCAGUGAUCCAUGUCGCAUGGAAGCUGGCCAUACGAGUCCAGUUUGGCUGCAUCGCUGGAUUGGCACGUACUACAAUGGAACAGUAGAAAUUUCAGUCGAGCUCGAUCGUUGUAAUGGAACCUGCAAGAAGUCAGAAAGUAAGGCCAAUUGGGAGCUGACAGGCGUACUGGCUAUACUGGAUCCUAUGCAUGCCGCUGCAGGGAAUAGUAGACCUUAUAUUCCACGCCCCAAGAAUCCCUUCAUUGGCGUGCUAUAUGGCUGGUCCAAGGACACCAACCAGUCCGAGCUCCUCGCAAAACGGGACGACACAUUCCUCCCGCCGCCCGUUAACCUCGCCAUGGAAACCGUCUCCGAUUUCCACUAUAACGAAUUUAUGUACGGGCUUGAUCCUUCCGAUACUGUGAGCCGCAGCAACCCAACCUGCAGGGUGCAGGACGUAACCAGUACGGACGACGGAUACGAAUUCGACUGCGCAUAUGAUGGACUUGGAGUCUACAGAGCAACUGACAGCAGCCAGUUCACAGCUCCAAUACACAACUCUAACGGAAGCAAUCCUCUUGUGGUAGAACCUGCAAACAACACUCUGCUCUCUGGAAGCUUUGAUCCCGGGUCAGCUGAAUUCCAAUGGAGGGGUCCCUUUCACGCUUUUGCUGGAUCAUUUGGUCAAGAUUCCAUGAGGAAAUCUUACACACCCGAACGUAACUAUAUAACCGGAGACGAAGCUGCUUAUACUGGCAAUUUCACUGUUCGUUUUAUAGGUACAGUGGACCUUGAGCAUAGCCAUGAGAUGGUAGUUAACAGUGGGAGUGAUGUAAGCUGGGAUAAGGACGAAGAAAAGGUUAAAAAUAUUACUUAUUGCUCUGCAGCCUCUGGAAGAUUUUAUUAUAAGCUAUGGGAGCUCUCUUUAUUUAUAUCUUUGCUUUUAAUAGUUUAAGAAUAAAACUUUUUUCCUAGGUUUCUGACCGGCCUAUAACUCUAAGACAAGUCAGGAGAUAGCAAAAAAGACCAUCAUUUAGCUCUGUCCACUUGCUAACCGAGUAAAUCUACUUUCACC